GGUUUGAGAUUAGAAAUGCUGAGUGGAAGGGUAUACUGGAGUUGGAGGAGGUGAAGGGAAAACAUAGAAAGAAGGUGUUUUGAGGCAAGCUUUAGUUGGAUUGAGUAUUAGCGCUGGAUGCUGAUGGUGGAUACAAUUUUGUAUUGUAGAGACAUUCAACACUUGCUUCAUAAGGUGAUGUUCUAGUAGUGGAGGGGGCCGGAGUCCAUAAUGGUUAUCCAUUGUUGAUUUGUUGUACAUACUGGCAAUCCAUAGGACUGGCAGAUGGCUAUGACAAAUUUAAAUGAAGAAGAAAAAGCCGAAGAUUAUCUGUUCAAGAUUGUUUUAGUUGGUGAUUCAGCUGUUGGGAAGUCCAAUUUACUUGCGAGAUUUGCCAGGGAUGAGUUUUAUCCUAAUUCAAAGUCAACUAUAGGAGUAGAAUUUCAAACUCAGAAGAUGAAUAUUAAUGGAAAGGAAGUUAAAGCACAGAUAUGGGAUACAGCUGGGCAAGAGAGGUUCAGAGCUGUUACAUCUGCAUAUUACAGGGGGGCAGUUGGAGCACUUCUGGUGUAUGACAUAAGCAGGCGCCAAACAUUCGAUAGCAUUGGCAGAUGGCUUAAUGAACUUCACACUCAUUCGGAUAUGAAUGUGGUUACAAUACUUGUUGGAAACAAGACAGAUCUUAAGGAUUCGAGGGAGGUGUCGACUGCAGAAGGAAAGGCCUUAGCCGAGGCACAAUGCUUGUUCUUCAUGGAGACGUCAGCACUUGAUUCAUCAAAUGUAGUGGCUGCUUUUGAAACAGUUGUGAAAGAGAUAUACAACAUAUUAAGUAGGAAGGUUAUGAUGUCUCACGAGCUCAAAAAACAGGAACCGGCCUCUCUUGAGAAUGGAAAAACUAUUGUUUUAACAGGAAUAGAAAUAGGAACAGGAGCAGCCAAGGCAAAAGCAAAACCAAAAGCAAAAGCAAAAGGAACUGGGACUGCAACUGGGACUGGGACUGCAACUGGGACUGCAACUGCAACUGAAACUGGAACUAGAGCUGGAAUGGGAACAGGAAAAGAAACAGAGACAGUAGAAGGGGAAGGGGAAGGAGAAGGGGAAGGGGAUGGGGAUGGGGAAGGGAAACCAGAAGCAGCAGCUGCAGAAGCAGCAGCACCGGCUAAAAAGGGUUGUUGUUCGACUGGUUGA